CUUCCGGUCCGCUGGUCGAUCCGUUGCUGCUGUAACUGACCCAGGAUCAGCUUCGCUCGCUCACACUCUGUGUGUUACAGUGAGGGGUCGGUCAGCAGCACUGAUCCAGAGACAGAUUCACAGAGCAGCGGGUUCACCUUCAUGCGAGGAUGGCGUCGGCUACCAAAAUUAUCCAGAGACUGAGGAACGUAUUGUCAGGGCACGAUCUCCAGUCCAAACUACAACUUCGGUACACCGAGAUCUCAAAGAGGACUCAGCCUCCACCUACACUUCCCGUUGGACCGAGCCAUAAAUUUGCAAAUAACUACUACUGUCGGAGAGAUGGACGCCGAGAGUCUGUUCCCCCAAGUGUGCUCAUGUUUUCACACAAGGCCCUAGCAGCUGGAAGUCUUCUGGAAAGCUCGGACGCCCCGUUACUCCUGGGUCCCCGCUGAAGUACCUCCCACUGAGCGUCGACUAGCAUUACAGUCUAAUAUAUGUGUUAUUCUCAAUAAAGAAGAAUAAUAAUAGAAUAAUAGAAGAAACAUAUUCAGUGCACUGUUUAUUCUAUGAUUAAUGGAUUACUAUAACAAGGAAGUUUAAGUGUUUAUUGGUUUAUCUUGUUUCUUGAAGACAACCUUGUGACAACCCAUCAACACUGAUUUGAGAAGAAUGUCUUUUAUAUAUAUAUAUAUAUAUAUGAAAUAUUAUCUAAAGGGAAAAUUUGUGAUAUUCAUAAAUUAUUCUCCCAAAGAACAUCUGUGUUUAAAGUGUAAUCUAACUUUUGGCUCCUCACAAAUAUGUAAACAGUAAUUAUGAAACAGCAUUUUGUAUGAAUAACAAGUUGAAAAGGUAAUUCUGAUUUGGCCAGCUGACAAUUAACUGUACACAUUUAAUUAUAUAAAUUGAUAUAAAGCACAGUACAAAUGGCCCCAGAUAUAAA